AUGUGUAGACAGAGAAACGGACGUUGCACACGUGACCGCGAAUGGCCCGUGCGCGCGCUCGUUAUUGUGGAUGCCCUGCCCUUCACUUGGGCAAACACGGCAUUGAACAUUGAACAUUGGACAUUGAACAUCGACUUCCACCACGCACACCUCCCCUGGCGCCUACAGAACCACCCACACUCACGUCGCGUACCCCCCAAGCCCCGAUUGGCUCAAGCGCGCGCCGUGAUCCAGCUUCUCCCGCCUGUCCACGAUGGCGCGCGGCCGACCUUCACGAGCUGCAGCCCGGCGCAGCACCCCCGUCCGGAAGCGCGACUCCCACAACAGGACAGCGAUGACGACAUGGUCGAUGCGCCAGUGUCUCGCGCAGACACGCCCAAGGACGAAGAGGAAGACGCCGAGUCGGCCGCGCCAGAGGCCGACGAGGAGGAGGAAGUGGCUUCUGAGCGCUCCCCAUCGCCAGUCGUGAUCCACCAGUUCCCGCGCAAGAAGCGGCUGGGCCGGCCUCCCAAGAACAGGCCCCCGGACUGGAAUGUCGUCGAGCAAGACAACACGUCCGAGGGCGGCACCCCCAUCAAGCGCAAGCGUGGCCGCCCUGCUGGCUUUGGCAGAGGCCGUCCGCCCAAGGGUGGUGUGCCGCAGGUCGCGCGCGUCGCCAUCGACAAGGAGGGCACGAUGAUGGACGUCGUGAACGAUGAAGUCGACCUCCCCGAAGACGACGAGGGCGAGCAGAAGGUGGACAAGCUCGGCAACCUCCAAGGCGGCCGCGACUAUCGCGUGCGCAUCUUCACCAUCAAAGGCCGCGGAGAGAGACAGUACAUGUUGUCGACAGAGCCCGCGCGCUGCUGUGGCUUCAGGGACAGUUAUCUGUUCUUCACCAAGCACCUGAAGCUCUACAAGGUCAUCAUCGACGACAACGAGAAGAGGGAUCUGAUCGACCGCGAAAUCAUUCCGCACUCGUACAAGGGUCGCUCCAUUGGUGUCGUCACUGCACGGUCCGUCUUCCGCGAGUUUGGCGCGCGCAUCAUCAUCGGCGGCAAGAGAGUCAUCGACGACUACUAUGUCGCCGAAGCGAAGGAGCAGGGUGCCGUAACCCCAACGACCGGCUGCCGCCACCCGGCGAAUGCCUACAACAAAAACCAGUAUGUCGCUUGGCACGGCGCGAGUAGUGUCUACCAUACCGGCGUGCCCAGUGUGCCGACAGCAAACGGCAAGCCACUGCCAGGCAAGCGGAAGGUCAACAUCACUUCCGCCAACUGGCAAUUCGAACACGGCCGUGCUGCAAGUCGCUUCAACUCCAACAUGUCUGCAUUGCGCAGAGCGAACCUCGAAGGCGUGUACGACCCCCACACGAACCUAAUGUGCUACCCCAAAGUAACACAGCCUACUCAUGCGCGAUGGGAGGAGGUGUCGCCCGAAGAGACCGACGUGCCUCCACUCGUGCGCCAGAAGUAUCUAGUCGUCGAUUCCUUCUUCCAACAGCCCCCCUUCGCAGGAUUGGGCCUGCCUGGACCAGACGCAAACUUCAUCGACGUGGGCACCAACGGACUACCAGAGCUAGACGACGAAGACCUUCAGAAUAUGAAGCCCGAGGAGCAAGAAGCGUUCGCAUUUGCGAAGCAAGAAGAAGCGGAAUGGAGGAGUCAGUGGGGAGGAGAGAUCACUGACGGUGCACGAGCGCAACCCAGAAUAGGAUUCGUGGGCGUUCCUGUGUGA